UAUGGUCACACACUGGAUUGCAAUGAUGGAUUGGCCAUUUUUUGCUGCCAUCUUGUGUGUUGUCCGCUGAGAUAGCACUUGGACAUGUUUCUUUUAUAAUAAAAUUAACCUACCGUGGUGCAAUCCAAAAGGUAUUUUCCAAUAUCAAUUAUUGAUUCAUCUCAUUUUGAAAUGGUAUAAGUCAAUUCGAUUUGAUUCUGCCUCAGAUUGAUCUGGUUGGAUCGUAGGAAUUGUAAUCGAUUCAUCAAAACACCCCAACGCACACUUUAAAAUGCAAACCACAGCCAAAAAAAGAAAAAAAACACAAAGCAUCCAUUGUGCACACACUCAAGUAAAGUAUACUUUUUUUGUUUAAUCAUACCUCUAAAUUUAUUUUUACAUCUUUCAAUAUUUUAAUGAAAAUACCCUCACAGCUUUCACAGCUUAACUGCCCUUAUAGGAACAAAAAGCUCCCCCUUUUGACUCAUAUUAAUUUUCACCUUAUUUUUUUUCCUUAAUCUGAUUUUUUUGUGUAAAAAAAACAUUUAUCAUCCCCCUGAUUUGAGGAAACUCAAAUAUUGUUUAAGCAAUAUCAAAAAUGAACACUAGGAGGCGAUAGUAUUACAAGUUCAUGCGAUGUGUGUUCAAACGAAGAAGAAGGGCAUUUCCUGACGCCUCCUGAGUCGUUCCUUGCUAAGGAGAAGACAACAUGUCAGGUGCUGGGGGAGGGAAGCGUCCCUCAGGAGGGGACAGCCCCCCUGGUCCACCUGAGAAAAAGAGCAAGAAAGAGGAGAAGACCACCACCACACUCAUUGAGCCAAUCCGUAUCGCUGGAGUCUCCUCCACGGAGGAAAUGGACAUGAAGGUAAUCCAGUUCAAGAAUAAGAAGUUGUGCGAGCGCCUGGAGCAGAGGCAAGCCAUGGAGGAUGAGUUACGAGAGAAAAUUGAGAAGUUGGAGAAGAGACAAGCCACGGAUGACACCACGCUUCUGAUUGUCAAUCGCUACUGGUCACAGUUGGAAGAAAGUGUAAGGUUGCUUCGCAAACGCAUCGAGCCUGAGCAGCCGGCUCCGGCUCCUCCCACGGCACCGGUCACUGACCCCGGAGCAGUUGAUGACAGUGGUCUCAGACUAUCGUCGCCUCGCUCUGAAGGACCAGCGCCACCUGUGCCUGAAAUCCAGAGCGAAAGUGAGCCGAUGGACCAGCAACAGGUCGAGGAGCGUCAGGAAAAAAACCAGGAAGAACAGCAGCCCCCACUGCCUGCUGGGUCAGAAGAGUUGGUCACACCGACAGAACCAGCACCAGAAUCAAAAACAGACUCAUCACCACCCCCUCCUCCUCUGAGUGAAAACGCUAAGGGCUUUUUGGCCGUGCUCGAGCAAAGUACUGAGGAGGAACUGUCCUUGCAUCUCCAGGACCGCAUGCAGUUCAGCAAAGACGCCAUCGCCCAGCUGGUGUGCGUCUUUGACAGACUGCACAGCCGCAUUGACAGCAUGUGCAGAGCCGCUCAGGCUGCAGACGAGAACCAUCCUGACAUCAUCCAGAACCGAACGUUACUGGAGGAGAACACGCGGCUGCAUGAACUCUCCACUUUCCUGCACGGCCGUCACCACAAGAUGUCCAUGGAGUACAAUGAGCUGGUUGACAAGAUGACGAGCGCAGAGACGAAAGUGUCUGAAAUGGAAACGACGGUGGAGGACCUCCAGUGGGACAUCGAGAAACUUCGCAACCGAGAACAGAAGCUGAACAAACAUCUGGCUGAGGCGAUGGAGCAGCUUAAGUCUGGCUACAGCAGCUCUGGCAGCUCUGGUGCACUAGUUGGAGGGCAGAUAACGCUAAACAUCCAGAAGUUUGAAAGUCUCAAUGCAGAGUUGGAGCACAACCAGGAGUUGGCCAACAGUCGCAUGGCGGAGCUGGAGAAGCUUCAAGUGGAGCUUCAGGAGGCUGUGAGGGAGAGCGAGAAGCUUAAGAUGGAUUUGCGCAAUAUUCCAGAAGAAGUUGUGAAGGAAACUUUGGAGUACAAAUGUCUGCAGUCCCAGUUCUCUUUGCUGUACAACGAAUCACUCGGGGUUAAAACUCAGCUGGAUGAGGCGCGGGCUCUCCUGCUUACAGCGAAGAACGCUCAUCUUCGUCAGAUCGAACACAUGGAGAGUGAUGAGCUGUCUCUUCAGAAGAAGCUGCGAACUGAGGUAAUCCAGCUGGAGGACACGUUGGCUCAGGUACGCAAAGAGUACGAGAUGCUGCGCAUCGAGUUCGAGCAGAACCUGGCAGCCAACGAACAAGCAGGACCAAUCAACAGAGAGAUGCGACAUUUAAUUAGCAGUCUUCAAAACCACAACCUUCAGCUAAAGGGGGAUGUGCAGCGCUACAAGAGGAAGCUGCGAGAAACGCAGAUGGAGAUAAAUAAGCUGCGUUGUCAGAGUGGAGAAACCGGAGUUUUAAUCCUCGAAGAGGCGCCAAGCGACGGCAUGGAAGUGAAGAAAGAGGAGGAUGAUGACCAGGAGGAAGAGGAGGAGAGGAGGAAGGAGCUGGAGAGGCAGCGAGCCCGGGAGAGAGAGAGGGAGAGGGAGGCCGAACGAGAGCGAGAGAAGGAGCGCGAGAGAGAGAGGCAGCGCAGCGACGAGCUGAAGAGGAAGGACUCGGACACGCUGAAGAUGCUCCGGAUAGAACUCAAGAAAGCCCAGGAAUCCCAAAAAGAGAUGAAGCUUCUGCUGGACAUGUAUAAAUCUGCUCCAAAGGAGCAACGAGACAAAGUGCAGCUAAUGGCGGCGGAGCGCAAAUCUAAAGCAGAGGUGGAAGACUUCAGGAUGCGAGUGCGAGAGCUGGAGGAGAGGGAGAGGAAGGAAAGCAAGAAGCUGGCAGAUGAAGACGCCCUCAGGAAGAUACGCGUGGCUGAAGAAACUAUUGAGCAUCUGCAGAAGAAACUCGCUGCAACCAAGCAGGAGGAAGAAGCUCUGCUGAGUGAGAUGGACGUUACAGGUCAGGCCUUCGAGGACAUGCAGGAGCAGAACAGCCGGCUGCUGCAGCAGCUACGGGAGAAGGACGAUGCCAACUUCAAGCUGAUGAGUGAGCGGAUCAAAUCCAACCAGAUCUACAAACUGCUGAAGGAGGAGAAGGAGGAAUUGGCCGACCAAGUUCUCACCUUCAAAACCCAGGUGGACGCCCAGCUGCUGGUUGUGCAGAAGCUGGAAGAAAAAGAGGGAGUCCUGCAGAGUACGCUGGCUGCUCUGGAAAAGGAGCUUGGUGUCAGAACACAAGCGCUGGAGCUCAACAAGAGGAAGGCGGUGGAGGCCGCUCAGCUGGCAGAAGACCUGAAAGUGCAGCUGGAGCACACUCAGGCCAAGCUGAAGGAGAUCCAGGUCUCCGUGGCGGAGAACCGCACCGCCCGCGAAAGAGAGAGCAGCAACCUGAAGCGGGCACAGGAAGAUCUAUCCAGACUGAGACGGAAGCUGGAGAAGCAGAAGAAGGUGGAGGUGUACUCUGAUGCAGACGAAAUCCUUCAGGAGGAGAUCAACCAGUAUAAGGCGAAGCUGCGCUGCCCAUGCUGCAACACGCGAGACAAGGAGACGGUUCUCACCAAGUGUUUCCACGUCUUCUGCUACGAAUGUCUGAAGAUGCGCUACGACACCCGGCAGAGGAAGUGCCCCAAGUGCAACUGUGCCUUCGGAGCCAAUGACUUUCACCGCAUUUACAUCACCUAAAGGAUAGACGGAACCAAAGGAGCGAUUCGAGGACACAAAAAAAGAACUGAAUUUAUUCAAAGUGUCGAGGAUUUAAAAAGUGUUUCUCCGUGUUUUAAUUUUGUUGUUUUUUUUACCACAUCAUUGCCAUUUGCUGACCAAACAUAGUGCUUUAUCUAAUUGAGUCUAGCUAAUAAACACAGAUGUUUGUGUA